UUAUGCUGCUUAAUGUGAGUUUCAAGAAGUAUUUUGGUGAGAGAGAGAGUUGCUUCAUAUUGUUUCAUAACGCAGGCUUUUAUUUUGAAGGUUUGCUUGUUACGAUGAGAUUGUGAUGUCAAUAUGUUUGCUACUGGGAGAGUACCGACUUAAUGGGAUACUUUUUAAGAUCAAAUUUUAUAAAUGCAAAAUAAUUUGUAACUUUUUUAAGUGCGCUGUCUCUUUAAAUAUGUGCCCUACCUUUCGUCUAGUCUAGAUUGACAUGCUCUGGCGAAAGAGGGAGUAUUUCACAGCAAAUCCCCGUUACCUCUCGGCGCCUUAAGAAACGAUGUCUACAUGGCAACGAGUUUUGACGUAACAAGUACUACAUUUUUAUUAAACUAUUGCAGAAUGCGAAUUUGUUACCCUUUGUACCACUCGGACUUGUUGUAUACACCCAUCGUUCACCAAUAGCCUACUUGUAGGCCUGUCUUGUAAUUAUUUUGCAAUUCUCAUUUAUUCAAAUAUAUUUAUAAUCAUGCUGUGUCUGGAUUUAUAAUCCAAGAAGAACUUUUUAUGGACUACCUUCCGCUGGAAAAAAGUAACCACGCGAAUGUCCAUGAUCCACUAACGCGCACUUUUUUAGGAAUACUUUUUUAUUUUAUGGAUACCUCGGAGCUCUGCGAAUAGAUUAUGCAUUACACAGGAUGGGUGCGAACAAUGGGAAACAAAGUGGGAGUGAGGGUAAAGGCAGCUCCAGUAUUUCCUCCGACCUGAGUUCAAGUACCGAUCAGACGUCAACAAAAGCACCCAAGAAUGCAGCUGCCAGUGAAGAUUCGGACCUGAGCAUGCGGACACUGAGCACCCCGAGCCCUGCCCUCAUCCUGCCUGCCCAGCCACCUCUGUACCCGCAUUCCUCCCCUCACCCCCACCUCCACCCCCUCUCCCCUUUCCUCCCACCCUCCACCCCUUUCAAUGGCUCCUCCUCCACUUCCUCCUCCGAGACGGUGGCCAUGGUGCACGCCGCCGCGCCCCCUCCCCCCUUCUCCUCCACCCACUCACGCCGACGGGUCGCCCGGGACCACCACCAGGGCGCGUCGGUGCCCAUCGACCUCCUGCCGGACCACGUCUUUCUGGACGUCUUCGCCCGUCUGCCCACCGACCAGCUGUGCCGCUGCGCCCGCGUCUGCCGCCGCUGGUACAACCUGGCGUGGGACCCCCGGCUGUGGCGGAGCAUCAGGCUGACGGGCGACGUGCUCCAGGUCGACCGGGCACUGCGGGUGCUGACGCGGCGCCUCUGCCAGGACACGCCCAACGUGUGCCUGAUGCUGGAGGCCGUGGUGGCCAGCGGCUGCCGGAGGCUGACGGACCGCGGCCUCCACACGGUGGCCCAGUGCUGCCCGGAGCUGCGCUGCCUGGAGGUGGCCGGCUGCUACAACGUGUCCAACGAGGCCGUGUUCGAGGUGGUGUCCCGCUGCCCCAACCUGGAGCGCCUCGACGUCUCAGGCUGCUCCAAGGUCACCUGCAUCAGUCUGACGCGGGAGGUCUCCCUCAAACUGUCCCCGAUGCACGGCCAGCAGAUCUCCAUCCGUUACCUGGACAUGACAGACUGCUUCGCCCUGGAGGACGAGGGCCUCCACACCAUUGCGGCCCACUGCACGCAGCUCACCCACCUCUACCUGCGGCGCUGCGCGCGCCUCACCGACGAGGGCCUCCGCUACCUGGUCAUCUACUGCCCCGCCGUGCGCGAGCUCAGCGUGAGCGACUGCCGCUACGUCAGCGACUUCGGCCUGCGUGAGAUCGCCAAACUCGAGGGCCGCCUGCGCUACCUGAGCGUGGCGCACUGCGGCCGGAUCACGGACGUCGGCGUGCGCUACGUCGCCAAGUACUGCUCGCGCCUGCGCUACCUGAACGCCCGCGGCUGCGAGGGCCUCACGGACCACGGCCUGGAGUACCUGGCCAAGAGCUGCCCCAAGCUGAAGUCGCUGGACAUCGGGAAGUGCCCGCUGGUGUCAGACGCCGGCCUGGAACUGUUGGCGCUCAACUGCUUCAACCUGAAGCGGCUGAGUCUCAAGUCCUGCGAGAGCAUCACGGGCCGCGGGCUACAAGUGGUGGCGGCCAACUGCUUCGACCUGCAGCUUCUCAACGUGCAGGACUGCGACGCGCCCCUGGAGGCGCUGCGCUUCGUGAAGCGGCACUGCAAGCGUUGCGUCAUCGAGCAUACAAACCCCGCCUUCUUCUGAGGGGGUGGCGGGCGGGGUCAGAAAACCCCUGAAAUAUGCACGUGACAAUCUACCCUAGUUGUUUUCAUAGAACUCAUAACGUCUAAGUUAUUUUCACUACAAACUGUCCAACUUUCAGAUUUUUUUGUUUUGUUUUAAGCACAUUUUAAGUCUAAAAGGGAUCCGAUUUAAGCACGACAACUUUAAUUACAUAUAAUGAAACAGUUAUAUUUUCAUUAGAACAAAAUUGCAACCCACCUCUAAGGGUUUUCGCAGUUUUCUCAGCAGUAUUCUGUCGGGCAUGAAGUUAAAAUGGAAGUUGAAAUGUAAUUACGAGUAAUGAUCUUAUUUGUGUCAGGUUGAUGUUUGACAGUCCACUGAAGGGGUUUUCAAUUACUCCAAUAAUUGCAUACAUUGUAUAGAGGCUGUACAGUUGAGUUUAGUAGCAAAUUGUUUACAUCAGAUGUUUUGAUGAAGUUGUUGCUUGUAUGGUUCACAUGCACAUAUGAUAGAACAUUAGUCAAUUUCUUCUUAACUUACGACAACAGAACAACCCUUGUUCAAACUAACAGUAUGGUUUUACUCUUGGCUGUAGAGAGGUGAGCACAUUCCUGGCCAAUGAGUUAACUAAUACAAGCUAAUAUUUCUGUUCACUUAAAGAACCACAUUUGGCUAAUGUGAACCUAAAGGCUAAAGUCAUGUUUUUUUGUUCCCUUUCAUAUAAAGCUUAAAAUUAUUGAGAAAAAAGUGUUUUGUUGUUAUUCAAUGUUUACAUGCCAUUCUUCUGUGGUUUAAAUGGUGGACAAUCCUACCAUUGUGUAUUUGGUCUUUUGGGGGUUUGUUAUUGGGUAUUCAAUGUCCAGUGCCAUUUUGUAAAAUAAUUUUGUACCACGUUCUAACUAUGCUCAGACAAUCACUAGAUCAAGUACGAUCACCAGCCUCUUUGUAUUGGUUUGGUUUAAAGACACAAGUGGAAUAAAAUAAUGAAUGUUCUUACA